GUUUCAGUCUGUCUCGAAACGUUACGCAUUUCAGUUUCGUCGACUUCAGCUAACGGUCGCCAGGCAUAUUGUACACUUGAACAUAAAAUGGCAAGUUCAUUAAGUCCCCUUCAAAUUUCGCAACUUAAGGAUUCAUGGUCAGUGCUUGCACAGGACCCGAGCCAGUUGGCGUCAGCAUUGGUAAUCAGGUUGUUCAAAGAAAAUCCCGAGUAUCAAUCAUUAUUCAAAAGGCUUAAGAACUUAUCAAUAGAUGAACUUGCGUCUAAUCCUCAGUUUAUGUCACAUGCAUCGAAAGUAGGUGCUGCAUUGGCGUCAACUAUCGAUCACCUUGAUAAACCUGAAGAAUUAGAAAAAUUACUUACUAAUCUUGGAAUAAAACAUAAAAAAUAUGGACUUUCAGCGAAACAUUUUCAGGUUAUUGGAGACGUGUUGAUUGCUAUGAUAACAGAAGCAAUCGGUGAUAGUGAACCAGAAUUAUUAGACUUGUGGAAGUCCAGUUUAACUUCAGUAUUGAGUAUUAUAAUUGCAGCAUGCCAUUGAGUUCGUGACAACAAUAUUUAGUGAUAGUUUCGCCAUCAUGCAAUUUUUAAUUGUUACUAUACUAGUUGUAUGCUAGUUUGAUGGACAAUGAAUGUUAUUACUUUUCGUAAUAAUGUUAUUCGUGUAUUUUUGUCGAGGGUUGUUAAUUUUUAUGGUCUCAUAUUAAUAUACCAUACACUAUUGUUCAAAUAAAUUAAUAAUACGUACAUGUCUUGUUCUUAAUUUAACGAAACUCGAAUAACACUAAUUCAGUUGAUUGGUACAAUUAUUAUUAUAAUUUUUUUUUAAAAUAAUUUUCUUUAUUGAAACAUAUUUUAUUUUAUCAUAUGAAUUAUUUAUUAUACGAUUAUUAUGCAUGCUGUAAAAUUAAUAUAACGUCUUGAAAUAUUUAUGUUCCAUUGUUUGUAAAUAUGUUUAAUAAUAAUAAUAUGUAAUAUGUAUAAUUUAUUAUUUACUUUGAAAUUUGUUUGUGUGUACCUACCUAAUGGCUAAUAUAAUAUAAGUAUGUUAUACUAUGAUUAAGUUAUCCUUACAACAUUUUUACUACAAUGUAUAUUUUGUGGUCAUGAGUUUUGUAUAAUCAAUUACAUUUAUGUAGUUGUACAAAUGUAUGUAGAAAAUUAAACAUUGAUUUAAAAAAUUUGAAUAAUAAGAAAAUGCUUGCAAAGUACUCGUACAUUUAAACUGCGUUUAAACUUUGAUCAUAUCUUAAUAUAAUUGUUUAAAUCUAUAUUACUAUUAUUAGUAUUAUUAUUAUAUCUUUUUUUUUAUUAAUAUUACAUGUAUAUUAUAUUAUAUGGAUAUAUAUAUUAUUUUUUUUUAAAUCAA